CUCUAGUUGGUAAGAAUUAGGAUGGGAGAUCAUUUAGUGUUGGUGGUUGAUAGGUUAUCGAGUAAGUCUGGUCUCGUAGCGUUAAAGGUAGACGCGGUUAAGGAAGAUGGUGCAUCUGAAGGAACUGAUGAUAUCUGUAAGACAGAAUUUGUACAAUGUAGGAUUUGUCAUGAUGAAGAUGAAGAUUCCAACAUGGAUACUCCCUGUUCUUGUUCAGGAACAUUAAAGUAUGCACAUCAUCAAUGCAUCCAGAGAUGGUGCAACGAGAAAGGUGACACCUUAUGCGAAAUUUGCCGUCAGCAAUAUAAAUCUGGUUACACAGCUCCCCGCCAAUUGUUUCACUACACAGGCAUCUCUAUGAACUUCAGGAGUGAUUGGGGAAUAGAGGCACUAGAUCUUCGUAACCCUUAUUUCCUAUCCGAUGAUCACGAGCUUUAUUCGUUCCAUAGCCCCACAAGCUUGAUUUGUUGUCGCGUAAUUGCCUUGCUGUUCAUCUUUCUGCUGUUCUUGCGCCAUUCUCUUCCAGUCUUCCUAGGUGGUAUCGAUGAUUUCUCUCUAACUUUGCUUCUGUUACCAUUACUGAAAACAUUUGGAAUCUUGCUGGUUGCAUAUUUCUUUGCCAAGUCAUUCACAGCUAUACAACGUUGCAGGCAAAAAUGGGAUACGAGAUUCUCUAGUUUCUCUUCUGACGAAGAAACUGCGCCGCCUCGGAUAUUGGCAGAACGUCCUCAACUUCAUGCUCCCGUAAACUAAGACAAUCAACAGAUAUGUGUAUGAUUGUGUACCUUAACACAAAAUACACAAACUAUACAUACCCAUUAAAUAAAUGUUAUUUUGGUAUGGUA